AACAGGCUUGAAAAGCACGAGGAGGAAGAGGAAAAGCGAAAGAUAAAAAUCGAUUCGUGGACCUCUUCCAUUUCAUUUUAUCAUUUGUUUUGUUCAUUGCCAACAAAUUAUUAUAAUGCAAACAGCUUUCAGCUCAAGCCUAUUCACCACAGAACAACAAGCUGUACUUCACGGGAAAACGACUUCCUAUGACUAAAUUUAGCUCUGGAGGGAAAACACAAUUAGGUUUUGUAAGCACUGAAGCUGCAUUUUAAUAUAAUUUCUAUUUCUUUUGAGCUUUGAUGUUAGUUAAUCUUUUUAAAGAACAGUUCUAAAUUCUUAGAGAGAUCGUGUUGUAAAGAUGUGUUUUAAUGGAUAUUAUUAUGUUAGCAUGGUGGAUGAGUUUGAACCCUAAGGGAGAAUGCUCGGGAUUGGGUAUUGGAGAAAUGAGUUCAUUGUUGGCCUGAUUUGACAGGUUUUUGAUAAACUUUGAAAAUGAUAAUGUCAUUUGGGUUCCUUAAAGAGAACUAUAUGCCCGACUUUUGGGAUUAUUUGGGAAGAUUUUGAGCAGAUUGAUGUGCAUGCUUUUCUUUAGCUUGACAUUGGUGUUGAGCUUUGAAAUCAGGAGUUAGUGUUUGUAAGUUCUUUGAACCACGAGGCUUACCAGCUGAAAAUAAAGAAUUGUGAUGUAUAUUAUCGAUUUCGAGGUGGCGGGCGAGUGACUGCCCCUGGGAAAGAGUUCAUGUUUCCUUGGGAGCAUAAAUUUCAAUAUUGUCCAAGGUUAUUCGGGACCGGAUGAACAAUUUGUAUAGGAAUUGGCAUAAGCUUCUAGGUAGGUAUUGUAGAAACAAGAUGCUACAAGGCAGAAAUGGGAUUUUGGCAGGAUCAUUGUUCUAUACAAGUGCGUUAAAUGCUGAAAAUGAAGAAGCUGUUUCUAGAAAUUGAAUUAUGUCAUGUGAAACUAACAGGGCAUGAAGCAAUGGCCACUGAUAAAGUCAAGGAGACUGGCAAAGUGAAAGUAGUUCCUGAUUGGCUGAAUAGCUCUGUUUGGUCUUCAAGGCCAUCUAAUUCUAGUUUCAAUCAAAAGUCCAAAGCUAGCGACACACCUCGGGGAAAUGAUGGUUCUCAAGCUGUUCUUCAGGGGAGUGCGAAUGCUGUUGCAAGGGAUCCACUACUGGAAAAUGUGGGCAAUACUUUUGAUGAUAGGAGCCCUAUAGGAGGGGCCAAUGGUAUUUUAAAUAAACAAGAGUCCAUUGCAACAUGCGAGGCUGAUAAGGUAAAGAAGGCAAACAUUCAAAGUAAAUGUGAUAGAAGUGACGAAGGCACUAGGGAUCCACUAUUAAAAUCAAAUGAAAGCUCAAGUGAGAAAUAUGAUAGUUCAGUGUCUGAUCAAAUCAAUGAUCCACUUUCAGACUCUUGGGCAGCUCCUGAUUUUGAUUUACUUUCUAUUGCUGGACAUUCUUCUCCUCCGCAAUUUUCCAAUUUGAAUUUCAAGAGAAGUUCAUCGGUUGAUGUCAGACAGGGCCAGUUUUAUUCUGAGAUCUCUAAAAAGGUCAUAAACCUGGCCGAGUUGCAACGACUAGCUUCUCAAGGAAUACCAGAUGUUGGGGGACUUAGGGCAACUGUGUGGAAGCUGCUCUUUGGUUACUUGCCAAGGAACCGUGAUCUAUGGGAGAGUGAGUUACAGAAGAAACGAUCACAGUACGCUGCAUUCAAAGAAGAGCUUCUUUUUAAUCCUCAUAAAAUGAUAACACUGAAGUUCUGGUCUUGUGCCCCUGGCCAGUCAGAAGUAACAAGAAGGAUGGAUGAAGCUGUUGGACAUUCAAUUGAUAAAGAUGGAGACAAUGGAAGUGGAAUGCUUAGAAGACUUGAAAUCACCCAUGGAGAACAUCCACUAAGUCUUGGGAAAAGCAGUGUAUGGAAUCAGUUCUUCCAGGAUACAGAGACAACAGAGCAAAUUGAGCGUGAUGUUAAACGUACACAUCCAGAUAUGCAUUUUUUCUCUGGAGAUUCUGAAUCAGCAAUUUCAAAUCAGGAAUCAUUGAAACAUAUACUACUUAUUUUUGCAAAAUUAAACCCGGGAAUCAGAUAUGUGCAAGGGAUGAAUGAAGUUGUUGCUCCAUUGUUCUAUGUGUUCAAAACAGAUCCAGAUGAAUCCAAUUCAAUAAAUGCAGAGGCUGACACAUUUUUCUGCUUUGUUGAGUUGCUAAGUGACUUUCGGGAUCACUUUUGUCAACAAUUGGAUAACAGCGUUGUGGGCAUACGUUCUACAAUUGCAAAUUUGACUACACUCCUUAAGAGACAUGAUGAAGAGUUAUGGCGUCACCUUGAGGUUACUACCAAGUAAAUGCUUAUCCAUCUUAUGGAAUGACACCGUUACAGCUUUCUCCCUUCCUGUGGCACUGACUGUAGAAAUUCUCUUGGCAUAAAACAGGCCAAGGGAACUAAAUUAAGUCGUGGAAUCUAGUGCUUCGCAUCAUCCAAUGAAUCACAGAAUAGGAAUUAAGGGAGAAAGAUGUCCUUAUUUGAGAACAUAUCUAGAUUUGAGUAUGUUGUCAAAUGGUUUUGUUUGCGUGGUGUGUACAAUUUUCUUUCUACCAAGAGGAAGAAUAAUGAACUAUUUACAAGGGACUCUUUUCACAUGGUCAAAAAGGACAAUUUUAACAGAAUGCAGUUUUUGUCUGAAACUUAAGGUGGUCUAAAUUGAUUGUAAUGUAAUAGAACCUUUAUUGAAGGUAUUGAAUUCUUAGGCUUCGAGAUCGAUUGCUUAUGAAGGAUGAAAGGUUAGUUUAGUUAUUUAGCCCAGUUACUAUUCAAUGAGAAAAGAUGAAAUGAAUACUUAGGCUAUUAGGAUGUCCUUGACUCCAGAAAUGCCACUUUUCUCAGGGGACACAUCCCCAUGGAACACUGAUUCAACCAGCAAAAUAUUUGUCCCUGUUUUUUGUUUUUUUUUGAUCGGUAAGCUUCAAGAUUUUUAGCCUGGCCCGAGUCCAGGGCAGGUCACAAGGAGGACCUCCUCCCCAA